AUGGAUGGUCCGAUGGAGCUCGGCGAGCUCCAUCGGACCAUCCAACUCCGGUCACCGAGUCUGAACGCGCUCAGCCUCAGGAGGCUGCUGCUGCUGCCACAGCAGCAGUCUGCUGCGGCCCUAAUACGCAAGUUGAUGACUAGCAGCACUGCCGGGGGCAUUCGAGCCGCCACAGCCGGCAGUGGCCGUGGCAUACACUGCGAGCACACUUGGUGCAGCUGCGAGUAUCAUGUCCGGGCCACAAAAAAUCGCACACGGUCGGCGGCAACGAGCCCGUCGGUUGCGCAGGCGGAGGCCACGCUGCGCGAACCGUUUACCGACCCGCAGGCGCAGCGGUGGCGGGCGAAGCUGCGCGAGCUUGCGGCGGCGAUCAACGCGAGCGCUUCCCUGUGCGGCGGGUGCGCGGCGGGCGGGAUGGCGGUGCUGCAGAGCCAGAUCCCAGACCUGUCUCUCGGCACGAUCGACACGCCGCUCGCAGACCAGCAGUUCCUUCUUGCGCGGCUCGCACGCAUCGGCGCCAGCAACGCGACCGCCGCGAGGGCAGAGCUACGCGACCUGCUGUCGUGGACGGCCCCCGCGCCUGGGGCGCUCUAUGAUCAGCUCGGCCUCUCGCCUCGCAACGCGCGGCUCGACACGGGCGCGGGGCCCGAGGCGGACCCGCAGUACGUCUGUACGCCGCCUUGCGGCGAGUGCGGCGCCGGCGACGGCGACCCGCAGCGGCUGGCGUGGAUGCGCUGGGCGCAGGUGUACGGAGACGCGCCGCUGACGCUGCGCUACGCCGACCUCUCAUCAGACGCGCAGUACACUACGGACACACGUGACGACCAACUCGCCUGGACCUUUUGGAACAUUUUUGGCUGA